AAAUAUAAUGGAAAUAUUCAUCCAGAUGAAUGGGUUAACGAUAUUCAAAAAUAUUUGAAACUUAAAAAUAAUAAUUAUUCGAUUAACGAUUAUUUGGAAAUUGCUAAAACAUUAGUAGAUACUAAUAUAUCACUUCCAACCGAAAUCGAUACUAUUGAGAAACUUCGCAAUGCACUUAAAGAAGAUAUUUCUUUUACAGUUUUUAAGAGUACAAAUAAAAGAAAAUUACAAUUAUUAAAAUAUAUUCCUGAAAGUAAAGGUGGUGAUACUUCAAAAUUUAUUUCAAAUUUUCUCAAAUUAUGUUAUAACGCUGAAAUUAAUGAUAUAGAAGAACAAAGGAAUUAUUUGUAUAAGUCACUUCCAAUGAAUAAUUAUUUUUCGAGCGAAUUUUAUAAAAAAAUGAAAGAUGUAAAUUCAGUUAAUGAAUUAAUUAAAGAAUUUGAAGAUAUUAUUGUUAAAGAAUCGAAUUUGAUUAAAGAUGAAUCUAUUGUAGCUUUAAAGCAUAUUGCUACAGGAAAAUAUUUAAGUUCAUUUGAAAAUUUACAUUAUAGGACUGGAAGCAAAUUUCAAUUGAUUUUUGCAGGAAGUCCAGCAGUACCUGAUCCAAAUUCUUUAUGGAAAAUUAAAUUUGGUAAAGAAUUAGCUACUUACAACAAUACUUCGAUAAAGUUACAACACAUCAAAUCUAGUAAUAAAUUUCUUGGAAUAUACUAUGGCGGUUAUAAAGGUUAUUAUGGUUACUAUAAAUCUCCUUCAAAUAACUACACAGAAGUGAGUUGUAAUAGUACUAAUCAUAUCAGUAAUUCUAGUAAAUAUUGGAAUGAUAAUUGGAAAUUUAAUGAUAGUAAAUUAGAAAGUCGCCAAGGAUAUUUAAAAUCAAAUGAUAUUAUUAAUAUUAGCGUUAAGAAAUUGUACGAUGAUAGAGGUGAUUAUACUCCAAAUGGACCAGUCGAAUUUUUACGUAGUCAUGAUAUUAAAUUUACUAUUGGAAACGAUACUUUUCAAGAAGUUGUUUGUCAUAAUGAAAGAUUAGGAGGAAAUGAUGAAUGGUGUAUUGAGCUUAUUAAACAACAUAUUUGGACCAUAGAUACUAAAUAAUUUUGAUUAUUAACUCAUUUGUUAGUUAUUUGUUAGUUUCGUAUUCAAGUUCUUCAGUCAACUUUAAUAAAUUAUGC